AUGGCUAUGUACCAAUCGCCUCAGUUCACGCGCCACCAGGCGCACCACUACAACCAGCCACUCUCAACUCAAGUGGUCAAGGCCACCACAGCAGCCACCAUAGGCGGCUCGCUCAUGCUCCUCUCUGGGCUGACCCUUGUGGCCACUGUCAUAGGGCUCGUGAUCGCCACUCCUGUGAUGGUGAUCUUCAGCCCGGUGCUUGUCCCGGCGGCGAUUACGCUGCUGCUCCUGCUCGGAGGGUUUCUCACGGCGGGGGGGCUGGGGGCCACCGCCGCGUUCGUGUUGUUCUGGAUGUACCGGUAUACUGCGGGGAAGCAUCCGAUUGGCGCGGACCAGUUGGAUUUCGCGCGGCACAAGAUUGCGAAUGCGGCGUAUGAGGUGAAGGAGAAGGCGCAGCAUCUGGGGCAUGAGUCUCUUCAGACUAUUCAGGGGAGUUGA